GCCCUCACAGCCUUCAGGUCCAGUGCAGAAGCGACCAUGCUGCUUGUAGCUUUACCUUUCUUAAUGCUCGCCGUCUGCGCACAAACGACUGUUAAAGAUGACAUCCAGCAGUACGUCGACGCGAGUAACGUCUUCGCGUUCAACCUGCUCCAGAGACUUCCUUACAGCGAGAACCACGUCUUUGUUUCGCCACUCAGCAUUUCUGUAGCCAUGGCUAUGGUCUACGACGGCGCUGAAGGAAUCAGCGAGCGUCAACUUCACGAGGUUCUAGGAUACCAGGAGGUAGGCCUCGAAGGCAAAGUAGGCGUAUUAUCCAGCGUGCAGCAAAUCCUUCGCAACGAGAGCGACAGUGUGAUCCUGGAUGCCGUCAACGCAGUACUAGUUCAAAAAGACUACCCUAUUAUAGAGGGAUACAAGACUGAUCUACAAGACGUUUUUCAUGCCAGGAUUGAAGAGGUGGACUUCAUCAACGAUAGUGCUCGCGUUGUCGCGGACGUUAACAGAUGGGUGUCGGAAGAAACAAGCGGGAAGAUAAGCAAGGUCGUUGAUUCCUUUUCGGACGAUGCGGUGAUGUUCAUCAUGAAUGCGGUGUACUUCAAAGGCGACUGGCAAGUUGAGUUUGAUUACUCAAAAACGGCUCGACUCCCUUUUUACAACAAUGGCGAGACUUCGACGCUCGUGGAAACCAUGCUUUCGCACGACAAAUACAGGUACGCUAGCGAUGACCAUCUCCACGUUGACAUCGUUGAACUGCCUUACAAAGGGAAAGACUUCAGCAUGGUGGUCCUUCUUCCACAUGAACGUCACGGUCUCCACCAUCUUGUCAGCAAGUUGACAGCAUCAACUUUUCGCACAGCCCUAACUCGUCUCACCGAAGCGGAAGUAAAGUUGAAGUUCCCCAAGUUCAAGCUGGAGUCAGAGUACAGCCUCGUUAAGCCCCUGAGUCUUCUGGGUGCAUCCUCCAUCUUCGGACCUCACGCUAAUCUGAGUGGCAUAAGCGAACGGAAGGACUUGUACGUGUCCGAUAUUCUCCACAAGGCUGUGGUCGAAGUGAAUGAGCAAGGCAGUGAAGCAUCUGCGUUUACAGGAGUCGUCGGAGAGACAUUUUCUCUUCCGUUUCCCCCUGAGCCACUUGCAAUUGAGCUACACGUUGAUCACCCAUUUCUGUUCUGCAUCCGCCAUGUGGAAAGAAACGUAAUCUUGUUCCUGGGUGCAGUCAAUGAGAUGUAAAACGCAAAAGCUCUUAUCUCCCAUUUUAACUAAGCUGUCUCUAGAGUUGUAUAUGUGGUGUCGGGGAAUGCUGUGUUGUUGCGAGGUCACCUCGGGAAUAUGUUACUUGAACUUACCUCAAGUAAUGCUUGCAUGACGAAAUAUCGCAGAUGCAAUAAAGUUUUGCGGCAUUUAGUAACCGA